AUAAAGGACAUUAAAGAAAAGACCAGAAAACAAGGCGAGCAAUGCUAUCUUUUGACAAUGCCUCAUCACCACCUUUGAGAGUGAAGCAGGAUGAAUUUCAUCUUCUACAGAUUCUUGGCAUACUUUUAUUUGGGAUGGCAAAUAUUCCUUCUCCAUACCCUGUUCGUCCAGCCCGCUCACUCUCAUCCGCAGCCCUGCCACAUCCUCGCGCGGAUAGGAAACACCGUGCGCCUGGGUGCCCUCCUGCCUUCCCGCCAGCCGGUCCGGGUGCGGGCGGCUCUCAACCGCGCCCUCAGCGGUCUUGCCGAAAGCGGGAACAACUUUCUUCCGUACAACUUGAGCCUAGAAGUGGUGGCUCGGGAAGCCACAAGCGGAGACCCAGAGUCGCUCUUCAGGUGUGUGUGUCAGGAUAUUGUGGUCCAGGGAGUCUCGGCUGUGCUCGCCUUCCCGCAGACGCAGGAGGAAAUAGUACAAAUGGAAUUUAUGUCCUCUUUUUUGGAAAUUCCUUUUAUAAGCAUCAUUGAGCACGGAGAACCUCUCAGAACCCAGAAUCGCUUCCACUUGCAGAUGACAACCCGUAUCCCUCCACUGGGACUGGUGGAGCUGCUAAUAGCCAUUCUGCAGCGCAGUGGCUGGGAGGAGAGCAUGGCGGUGCUUUGCCAAGGUUGGGAGGAUGCUGGUCUUCUAGAUCUACUGGAACUCCAAGGCCACUCUACCUGGGGACUCUCACACUGGCACCUGCGAGCAGCCCUAAACCUCUCCCACAGCACACCUCACAUGGCUAAUAUUUCUGACUUCCUCUCUGAGCACUUUAAUCAGGACCAUCCACCGCCCGCCUCAGUCCUACUUUUUGGGGCCGACCCAGAGUGUGCCUCCUCUGUUCUGCGCAGUGCGCAUGACCUGGGACUGACAUUGCCCACUGUACAUUGGAUAAUGGGAUAUCCCCUUAGCCCAGAUGCCCUUCAUUCUAUUGGUCUGCCUUUAGGACUGCUGGCCUAUGGAGAGGUCGCCCGCAAACCACUGGACUUUUAUAUUCACGAUGCUCUGCAGCUCAUUAACCAAGCUGUUACUGCAGCAACAGUUGUACGGCCUGAUCUGGCCCUUAUCCAAAACAUGGUAAACUGUUUUGACAAACCCAACAAACAUGAGCUGCCCUCAUCGGGACAGUAUAUUGCCAGGUUCCUCUCUAACACAUCCUUUGUAGGGCUGACGGGUCCUGUCAUUGUUCAACGUAACCUCUCUCGUGUACUCACCUCUCAGAGAUUCCACAUUUGGAGCCUGCGCCGUGAUGCUGUUGGUCAGCCCACCUGGGUGACAGUGGGCAGCUGGGAAGGUGGUAAGUUGGAUGUAGAGGAUCAGGGAUUGUGGCAGGGCUCGUCCCCCCUUCAACGCACAGAGGGCCAAAUGGGCAGGGAAGGACGGAGAUGGCGGGCGGGAUUUCCAGUGUCAGGAAGCCGUCUACGUGUGGUCACACUGGUGGAGCACCCCUUCGUGUUCACUCGUGAGGUAGAUGAGGAUGGGAACUGCCCCGCUGGACAAUAUUGUCUGGAUGCAGGAACAAAUAGCUCAGAAACCCUGGACCACUUAUAUUCAGAGCGGGCACAAGGGAACAACAGCUUCUUGCCACCAGAUUACAGCAAGUGUUGCUAUGGAUACUGUAUUGAUCUGCUGGAGAAACUGGCAGAAGAUAUGAACUUCAAGUUUGACCUGUACAUAGUAGGGGAUGGGAAAUAUGGGGCAGUUAAGGGUGGCCAGUGGACAGGGUUGGUUGGAGACCUACUGGGCGGGGUGGCUGAUAUGGCUGUUACCAGCUUCAGCAUCAACUCAGCUCGCAGUAAAGUGAUAGACUUCACCAGCCCAUUCUUUUCCACGAGUUUGGGAAUUCUGGUGCGGAGUAAAGACACGGCUGCACCCAUCGGAGCCUUCAUGUGGCCUCUGCAUUGGUCCAUGUGGAUAGGCAUCUUUGUGGCAUUGCACAUUACAGCAUUCUUCCUCACCCUCUACGAAUGGAAGAGUCCCUUUGGCAUGACACCACAUGGACGUAACCGUGUGAAGGUGUUCUCUUACUCAUCAGCCCUCAACCUCUGCUACGCCAUCCUCUUUGGUCGCACAGUCUCCAGUAAGACACCCAAGUGCUGGACUGGACGUUUCCUGAUGAACUUGUGGGCCAUUUUUUGUUUGCUGGUUUUGUCCAGUUACACAGCAAACCUGGCUGCAGUCAUGGUUGGGGAAAAGACCUUCGAGGAGCUCUCUGGAAUACAUGAUGCCAAGCUCCAUCACCCAUCUCAGGGAUUCCGAUUCGGCACAGUUCGGGAGAGCAGUGCAGAGGAUUACAUGAAAAAGAGUUUUCCAGAGAUGCACGAGUAUAUGCGGAAAUUCAACGAGCCCACCACACCUGAUGGUGUUGCCACUCUCAAGACAGAUCCGCCUCAACUUGAUGCUUUUAUCAUGGACAAAGCCCUGUUGGACUAUGAGGUGUCCAUUGAUGCUGACUGCAAGCUGCUAACAGUUGGCAAACCCUUUGCUAUUGAAGGUUAUGGGAUUGGACUGCCCCAGAACUCACCGCUCACUUCCAACAUAUCUGAGUUCAUCAGUCGCUACAAGUCAGAUGGCUACAUGGACAUGCUGCAUGACAAGUGGUACAAGGUGGUGCCAUGUGGGAAGAGAGUCUUUGCUGUUACAGAGACACUGCAGAUGGGCAUCCGUCACUUCUCAGGGUUGUUUGUAUUGUUGUGUGUGGGUGUGACUGGGGCCUUACUCACUCUGGCGGGAGAACAUGCCUUCUAUCACCUGGUUCUCCCACAUAUCCGCCGCAAACAGAAGUUCAAAUACUGGCUUCACACCAGCCAGAAAAUCCACAGAGCUCUGAACAUGACUUAUGAGGAUGUGAAACGACAGCAGGCAAAUGCAGAGAAAAGUUGUAACAUCCAGAAAGCUCAACCACAUCCGCCACCUCCAGCUGCUCCGCUUGGAUCCUUUGCCAGAUGGAACAAUGAAAGCACCAAUGCAGCCCAGGAGCCCAAAGACAACAAGAGGGUCCAUUUCAAACUGGAGACCCUCAACACACGCUGUCUCCUCCCCCGUGCCAUGGCAGAGGGUGGUCAGGGUAGCUCUGCCUCCGUGUUUAGCUCUGGGGCUGGAAGUCUCUUGGCAAAGGUGUGUGAAAAUGGAGGACCCGUGGCUCAGCGGCCAACUUCUACAUUUCCCAAAUCUUCUGCAAGUUCCUCAAGCCCCUCAAAAGAAAGCGAGUUAGAGGAACUCCAGGUGAAGAUUGAGGAGAUUCGUGGGCAUUUGAAAGCAGCUCUGGCUCGCAGGGCGGAGCUUCAGACUACAAUGGCUAAGGAACGCACGGCUGCCGCUGUUGUCACAGCGACCACAGCGGCUCCGCCCACAGUUACAGCCACUAUUUGCCCCGCCCUCUCCAAAGAGCCAUCCGUUUUAAAAAGGUGAUACUCAAAAUGCCUGGAAGAAUUUAUGAAAAAGGACAUGUUUUUCUAUCUGUCUCCUCCAAAAGACUUUCAUAUAUACGUGGAAUCUUUUAAAGUCUUCAUGCUAAGGCAACACUGACCCUUGGUGCAAUUUUGCUAAUUAAUUGCUAAUAAGAUCUCAUGUGGCUUAUUUUCUAAAGCAUCACAUCACUCAACUGGUAAAACCAGAAGCAGCCUGGUUGGGGAUUCUUUU